AUGUACCCAAGACCACUUUCACGUGGAAAACCACGUGAAACUGGUGCCAUCAGGAUAUGUUACUCUAGAGAAGCACUCCUUGCCCUUAACCCUAAUAGGGAAAGGAACGACAUCGGAAGAGGAACAGCUGGAAAAGGGGGGCAUGGUAGUGGCUUUGGAAGAGGGGAAGGCAGAGGAGGAGGAAGAAGUGGGCGUGAAGAAGACGGAGCACAGGGGCACAAUCCCCUCCUAGCCCUUAACCCUAAUAGGAAAAGAAAUGGCAUUGGAACAAGAACAGCUGGAAGAGGGGGGCAUGGUAGUGGCUUUGGAAGGGGGGAAGACAGAGGAGGAGGAAGAAGUGGACGUGAAGAAGACGGAGCACAGGGGCACAAUCCCCGUCAGGUAAGGUUGGGAUUCAAAGCACUUCAGGAACUGGACACUAAAACCCCUGACGAAAUCAUUCUGGAUUUGAUGUCAAGCAGACGUUUCCCAGCUACCGAGUUUUUACUGACCCAGCAAUCAGCCAUGAAGGAUGACUGGAUUGUACUAACAGUGAGUAUCGUUUCCAAAGCCUGCGGUUGUAAUUCCAAGGAGUACUUAAUUAAGCUACUAAACCUUCUUCCUAAAUCACUUUUCUUCACUUCACAUCUAAGAACAUUCCUCAACAGGCUGUCCGCUUGCCGCAUGCCUGCCACGGAAGUAGCUACGUUUCUAAGAAAUGUUCUGAGAAUAAUGAAGGAGUUGCUUCGAAUAUUUCCGAAUUCAUACGCCGACCUUCCAGUGUCUGAGUUGUAUUGUGGAAUCAGGAUCUUUUCUGACACCCAACAGCCUGAUGGUGCCUUAGUGGAAGAAGGAGAGGAACUGAUGCAGCUGAGGAAUCAAAAGGCAGAUGAGCUGAAAAAACGGGAGGAAGAAAACCAACACAGAAGGAGACCACGUAGAGAUGGUGAGUGAACAUGAUAGUGAAGGUGAAUAAGAUUACGCCAUUAACAUAAAAAGCUGGCUGUAUUUCGGAAGGUGAAAGAAUCUUUAGUAUAUGACCGUGAAGGAGAGCAAAUUUACGAUGCUCAAAGCAGGAGUCAAACUAUUGACAUUUGACGCUUUGCUUUAUGUAGUCUUAUGUGCGGUCGUCCACGCAACUUUGAAAAUCGCACUCGCAGGUUAGGAUGUUAAAGCAGGAGUCAAACUAUUGACAUUUGACGCUUUGCUUUAUGUAGUCUUAUGGAAUGACUUCCAAUUCCUUUUAUAAAUUAAUGUCCAAAACACACAGUUUGCAAAAGAUGACUUUAUAAUGGCGGCUUUUGUUUCCUUUAACGCCCCAAAAUAGGUCCCAUAAAAAAAUGUUUCUAAAUGUGGCAACACAUCACAUUUUUUGUAAUUUUUGGUUAUAGUUGGAGAGAAUGAUGAUGUAGAUCCACCUGAUAAUUUCCGAGAGUACAGCGUUAUACCAACGCAGCAGGACAUCUUGACAGGAGAACGUCCCUUCCUCAGAAGGAACAAAACUGACGGUAGCUACAAUGAUGCAGAACAUUAUUUGGACGUGCAAUUUCGUCUCCUUCGUGAAGACUUCGUAAGGCCCCUACGUGAAGGAAUUGCUAAGCUGUUAGAGCGCAUUGGCUCUGCCAAGAUUGGUGCCCUUCAAGACAUCCGCGUGUACAAAGAUGUCCGACUUUUAUACCCUAUAUGUACGACGGACGGACUUCGGUACAGGAUUAAAUUUGAUAACACCAGGUUAAGAAAUGUGCGCUGGGAGAACAGCAAACGAUUGAUCUUUGGUUCGCUGAUGUGUCUUUCUAAGGACAAGUUUGAAAGUUUUGUGUUUGCUACCAUAGCAAAUCGCGGUGCUAAAGAACUAAAACAGGUAUUGAAGCUCUCGUCUUUUUUCCACAAAGUUUUGAUCCUCGCAUUCUGCCUAAUAUCAACACUAAAUGAUAACAAAACAUUUACAAGAUCAUGUCAUUUUUGAGACCCAAGUAUGUUUUCGAUGUGAGGAAUAUACUUUAAUCGAUCAAAGCAAAACAGGAUCAAACUUUCAAAUUCUUUUUUCCAAAGACAAGUUGUCAGCCUGGCUUGACAAAAGUGUGUUUAAGUAAAGACGUUUUUAAGUGACACACGUCAACGGGAAGUGGACUUUUUGCAUUCUUGGAAGUGGUUUUGCUCGCAUUUUCGGGCAAAUCGUCCUUAUAAGAGUACACACUUAGCGAUACAAAUUUGGCAGCGUCAAGGUCUUUAAAAUUCUCACUUCCGGUUGACGUGUGUUGCUCAAAAACGCCUUUGCUUAAGUACCCUUUGCCUGAUCACUUCCUUUCUUAAACGUUAAGAAUUUUAUCGAGAAAUUUCUGCCAUUUGUAAUUUUUUUCCCAUGUAGGGUAUAGUGGACAUACAGUUCAUCAAUCUUUCUGAUUAUGUAAGACUUGAAGAAGGAGACGUGUUUCAGAUGGUAGAAAGCACUGUGUACUUUGAAGCCUAUCGUCAUAUACUGGAAGGACUCAAGGAGGUGGAUCCCAGACGUCUGCCGUUGCAGGUUUGAAGCGCACUUCUUUCAUAACCCGAGCAAGAAAAUCACUCUAUUCGCUUCAAAGACAAUUCUCCUUCAAGCAAUAAUAGAUAGGUUCUUUUAAGUGGUGACCAUUGGGCUUACAAUUUUGGAGGUGCGCAGGUGUUGCAGUCUUAUAACGUUGCCUGCAUUAAAUCUGAUGUGAGGUUUCUUAGUUUUUCCCAAAUUUUGAGUUAGUAAUUCUCUAGUUAGCCGUUAAUAGACAGUGACGAAGACUGUCCUGUGAUGCUUUUAUCAAAACAGAAGUACAUUGUAAACUGUGAGAAAGAAGUUGACCCACCAGCCUACUUGAGGAACAGAUACCGGGGAAGAGUAACUUUUGACCUCACACCCAUUAUGAAGAAGCAGACCGGAAAUUCAACUUCCAGGUAUGAGAAAAAAUUAUUGCGGGCAUCUAAUCUCCAAGAUGCCAUUACGCAUACGCGGCACUUAUGGAAAAAGCAUUCGUUCGGACUCCCGCUAAGAAUGAUUGGAAUGCAUAGAACGCAAUCUGAUGACGCGUGUUUUGACUACCACAGCAGGAUUACCUCAUGUAGGGAAAUAUAUGAAAUGACUUAUAUUUUGAACUCAGGUCAGUCAGUAGAGCACUUGACUGCAGAGCGGGAGGUCGCGGGUUCGAUUCUCUGCGCCGGACAAUAGUCGGGGUCUUAAACAAGUGAGAAAUGAAGGUACUGCCCUUUGCCCUGCAGGCGGCUAGACCUUCGCGUGCCUCGAAUGACCACGUAAAAUGGCGGUCCCGUCUCCACUUGUAGACGUAAAAAUAGUGUCCCCAAUAGCACUUCUGUGCUCAAUACAUUGAAUGUCAAAUAAAGUGCAUUUUUAUCACUUGAAACUUACGCAAAGCACCAGCGAUGGAGCAGCCUUCGAUUUCAUGCCUGAAACACCUUGCAUAGAUCUCGACCGCACUUCCCAACCUUUAUUGACAGUUUUACAGGGAAAAGAAUUAUGUUCCUUUAUGUGCUUGUAAAGUUCACCUUGAACUUGAAGUUUCACAUCUUGAACUUAAAGUUGCGAAAAUUCAAGGCCUUAAAAGUCCACUCUGUAUUUAGUGCGUGCAAAAACUUGUUAAUUUAAGAUAAUAGGUGCGAGGGUGUAAAAGUUCCAUAAAAAGGUGUGACUGCGCGAUUUACACGCAGCGCUCAUGAAUCACCUGACCUUGCUUUUGUCAAGAAAAGACUUUUGCUCUUUAAUUGAAGUUAGAGUUCGUAGUUGACAAAAGUAAACAAAGCUAACUAAAACACCUUUAAACUGUAAUUGGAUAAUGAGUAAAUUAACAAGAAUCUACUGCACAGGGACUCUGGUGCUAUUAGCGAGAAGGGAAAAUGUAAGACCUUUACCACCAUAUUUGACUAUACUUGACGGUUUUGUUCGAUUCGGUUUUUGCAGUUCCUAUCUAACACAGUUGAGGGCACGACUCGCCGGGUUGAACCUCCAAGAUGACCCUUGCAGGGGUAAGUAUAACGCAUUUUCAGGUACCUUAAUUUUGUAAUGGAUGUAUGCUCCUGGAUAGGCCUGUGUAUUAUAUGAAUAACUAGACUGAGAGCCGUCUCUUCCUUUUCUUUUGAGACACGGUAGAUCACGAGCUCCCGUGAUUCGCGCGCAAUUGUACUUUUUCCCUCGCCACGCGUGGGUGUGAGGAAAGAGGGACGACCGCUUGCGGUCUAAUGAAUCACCAAUCAGCAGCCUCUACAAGACUGGCUUUCCUUUAUCCCGCUGGGUUACGAUGAAUAAUUUCGCGGAACUAAACCACUUGAAACCUAGAACCCUCAAAGAGUUUACUGGCAUAAAAUGCAAAAAUUUCUACCAGACAGAGAUUGAUGUUAAAAGAAAAGCGCAAAAUAAGCCUAAAGAAUCCCUACGACAUGUUCUUUGCUCCUUUCCACUUCCUCAUUUAUACAUUUACACAUGUUAAAAACGCCGUACUCAUAGGCUUACCGCCAUAAAGAGGCAACCAAGAGACAUCUGUUUAAGAUGCACAGGGCAGUGGAAAUCCAGAUUUUAAAUCCACCCAUGGACGGGGUACACAUUUAGACCAGCAAUAGUUCUCACUACAUCUGCUCCCGCCUUAGAAAUGACGUUUAUUUGUUUAUGACAUUUUAAAACUUCGCGAAAAACGUUAUAGGGAGGGUUAAGCUCCGAACAUAGUGAUUAGUGCUAAGCGCCGACAAAAGUGAUUAGGCAUAAGCGCUGACUCGAAAUGGCUACCUUUCCUUUACUCUUAGGUUUGUAGCUAUAGCAGUCGAAUCCAGUCGGUUUCUAGGACCGCGGCUUCGAAUUUCGCUUAUGCCACAUUCAAGCUCCGUUUUUUCUUUCUAAAACAAUUGAUAGAAAUUUCAUGCAAGUGAAGCUAGAGGGGAAGGGGUCAACGACAUGUUUCCCAGAUUUCCCAAUACCACCUUGGGCGCUUGCUGAAACAGAAUUACCCAAGACCACCGUGCACGCAUGCAGAAAAAUUAACCGGGACCACUUUGCGGGCCUAGCUUCUUUAAAUCGAGAAGAUUUCGCAUAUUACCAAUACCGCGAAAAAACGAUACUUCUUUACGCGGGGGAAGUUAGGAUGCCUCCGCGGGUUACGGCCUCUGGGCCACAACUCUGAGGGGGCAAUAAGAAAGCAGUCGAACUUUAGAAUUGACAUAUGUCCUGAAAUGCACGCAACAACGAAAAUGGCCAUUGCCCCAUUUCUGGACAUAAGUGACAUAAUCGAAAUGACUUGUUUGUACCCACAACAUAAGAACACGUUUCUCCUCUCCAAAGGAAGCGACGUUCCAAUUCUGAGUCUAGCCUACUGGCCGUCCGCGAAAGAUCUGGAACUAGACGACUCCCAGUACAGGGCAUUACAGAUGGCGCUGACCAAAGAGUUCGCGGUCAUUCAAGGACCACCAGGCACUGGGAAGACAUACAUUGGACUAAAAGUACGGGAAAACGUCCAAAAAUAGUUAAAAACAUGGUCUCGAACAGACCUCUUGCUGGUCGAAAUGAUUAAUUUGGAGAUUUCUGCCUGCUCUAAAAAGUCGUAGACUAACAAAUACGACGGUAAAUUGUCUAACUUUGAUAGUAAAGGAGGGGUUCGAUGGUUGGUAUGUUACUCAGAACCUUCGUAGUUGAAUCAAAUUGAAAUAAGAUAAGAAUUGUUAAACCUAACUUUCACUUGGAAAGACUGGCCUUAGAAAUUGCCAACGCCUGAAAAUAAAAGAUGCUUUUUGUGAGCGUUUUUUGAACGGCCGAGCCCCCGUUGGACACCUGUGGUCCAAUAGGUAGAACAUGCUAAAUACAUACAAACACUGUACUUUAAACUCUCCUAGGCAGACACCUAGCUUGAGCAAUACUUUCUGGACCUAUUGGGUUUGCAAAAUGAAAUGUGACGAUGUUCGUUUUAACGAAAGGACAAUGUCACUACUCACACGCUGAACACGCUGCGGGAUAUCAUUAUAAACUCUACCUGUACAAAUGCCCUUUUUGUUUGCCGCAGAUAGCCAACGUUUUGUUGCAUAAUAAGACGAAAUGGGAUACCGGGACUGAGUUGCUUGAUGACAACAUGGAUGACCGUUUACAGGUUUCUGAACGGCGUCCAAUCCUUGUUGUCUGCUACACCAAUCAUGCCCUUGAUCAGUUUCUAGAAGGAAUCCACAAGUUUCAUCCCCAGGGUAUCGUUCGCAUUGGAGGGCGAAGCAAGAGCGAUAUCAUGAAGGAGUGUAGUUUGUCCGAGCGGAAGUUCAAGAUGCACAAGGUAAGAGUAGACUAUCACGUGGAGAAUGGCGUUUAGGCUGCACGGUUUUUCCCUUCUUGGGAGUAUUCUCUCGAACUUUCACCGCGUUUGUAAUCGACACCUGCCGACGAAACGUUGCCUCAAGCAAACACCUUCGCGCCAGCAAAUCAAAUGGUGAAAGAGCCACGCUUCCUCGUCACACCCACGGCUUGAUGAAAUCUAAUGAACCAAAGAACACACAGUCCACCACGAGUUAUGAAGCGAAAUUUGAAUUAUUCUUUACAACGUGUAAAAUAAAGUAAAAACCUGCGUACAAACAAAGCAGUAUUCAGUGGAGAAAUCUCUGUCAAUGACAAAGCAGAGAUACUUUUAAUUAAAUUAUACUUUGUUGGUUUUAAUUAUCUGUUCCCACACGUUCUUAGUGGAGGGCGUCUUUAAGUUUGUGUACUCAAAGCAAUUGGCGAAAAACGUAAUUCUUCACAACGAUUCUUCCCUUCGUUUGAGCCAGUACCCCAUCUGCUAUCCCGCCUUAUAGUUUUAACGAUUUCUCUUUCCUUCCCUUCAAUCAGGACAAAUCAGCUCCCGUUCACAUAAGAAGAGCUUUUUACGAUGCUCACCAGGAAAUGGACCACACAACAGCAAAAUUGCAAUCAGCAGCGGAAGAAUUACAGAGAUGCUUUGAAAACUUGCUUCAUGAAGAUGACCUUCAUCAACGUGCGUCAAGCAUGACUACUCUUCAGUACCAGUCCCUGAAAGAGCCCUUUGACGGAUUAGUUGCACGAAGGGACAGCGCUAUUCUGCAUUGGUUACAGCUAUCUUUGAGCUUGGCCAACCCAGGUAACAGAGGUUUUGGUUUGUUUGUUUGUUUUUUUCUGGUGUUUUGAGGACAUCCUUACUUUUCUUUAGUUUGCUGAUAUAAGUUAAGAUCUGAGCCAAGCUUUGUGUUGCUAAUAACACACCAGGUGGCUACAAUUCCCAACAAAUACCUUUGUGGUCCCGGUGUGCUCCUAAAGCCCUUACCUCUCCGGGAAAACUCUGCAAUUAAGCAGAAACAUAUGCCUAUAGCUAGCAAAAGUAUGAGGGAAAGGUCAGGGCCAGAGUCCAUCUCCUUACCCCCAAAACUGCAACUAUCGUGGCUUACCGUAGUAUCGGUUCUUUUCGCUUUCCAGGGAUAGUUCAAAGGUCCCGCAAAGCACUAACUCACUAUAGCAGAAAGCAAUGAUACGAAGCGACAGUCAAAACGUCGCAGUAUUCAUAGUCUAAGAGCUUUCCUUUAUCGCUACCUCACCUAAGAAGCCCCUGGGUUAAAAAGCCCUCUAUCACAAUUACGUUUGUCAGUGCAUCGAACUUUGAUAAAGAACGAGUUCUCUUUUGUUGUUUGUUUGUCUUUUUAAUAAAUUUUUGAUACCUCGUUUAGCUGUAGAUGUUAGGACCAGCAUCCCCUUCGUGCCAUGCCGUGAAAUCAAAUAAGCAUUUUGAUGCUGUUUUUUGUUUAAUUAUCAGCAUCUGUACAGCCCGUAGCAGUGUUCCCUCUAAAUAGCCACUGUGGUGGACUGGAAAGAGUUUCGCGAGCCAAUCUAGCCACUUUGUCUGGUGUUGCAUGGGCCCCUGGGCUUGACGGGGUGCAAGGUGGAUCCAUUCAACUACGGGGAACUCCUGCUUCAUUCGUUGAAAUUCCAAAUCGAGCUGGAAGUGACUUGGACACUAGGACCUCAAUCACACUCCUCAUGCACGUGUUUCCGGUCGGAAACAGAGGUCCUAUCCUAUGCUUCCAUGAAGAUGGCCUAGGAGUCCAAAUUUGGCAAGAAGGCUUGGAAGAAGGGAAGGGUAUACUAACGGCUCGUUUUGUCUGCAGAGAUUUUUCCCAACCUCUCGCCCUUACCAAGGCAGUGUUGACCAUGAACGCUUGGAACUUUAUUGGUGCCUCUUAUGAUCACGAUUCUGGGAUUGCGAGUCUUUGGCAUGAUGGCAAUGCAGUGGAUGCGAAGUUUAUAGGCAGCAAAAUGGAAUUAGCAACUCAGUUUUCCAUCCGAAUCGGAGCCAUAGCUUCUGCUGGACCAGGUCAUUGCUUUCAAGGGAGGUUUCGCGAGCUUUAUAUUUUCAAUGAAUCCCUCGGAAGAGAAAUGGUCCGAACUGUUGGUGGAAUUGCUCAGGAAGGUAAUCGAGUGUGCCAGCCAGUUCACAAAACUGUGCCUACUGUAGAAUCAUACCCUUUCGCUUAUUAAGUCACAACUAAGGUCAUGAACAGUAGUAGUUCUAACUCUCGCUAUUUGCGCUUCUCUAAAGGUGGCGCGGAAGCACAAGAUGGGGAUGAUGAAGGAGGCGAGGAAGAAGAGGAAGACGACACUGAGGAUCUGGAUGUGGUGUACGAGGCAGAUGUUAUGCAGGACCAAAGACUUCUGGACAAUGAUGACGUAAGAGUGUUUGGCACGAAAUCGGCGGGCCUGAAAGGAGCAAGGCUGAAGGUCGUGAAUCCUUUUGCUUUUGACGGAGGAUCUGACGACGGAUGGCAGGUUCAGAACGCUGCUCAGCUUAAGAAGAGGUUAAAGAGAACGAUCAUUCAACAGCUGAGCAAAAAGGAUUUCAUGCCAGAUGAAAGAGCAAAAAUGGUGAGAUAUUGGAAAAAAUGGAAACAAAACAAAGAAAACGCCCUAUUUAGUUCGCCUAAUUUUGCCUUCUCAAAAGGAUUGCGGAGCUUCAUUUUCAUGCAGUCAGAAUGUGCUGCAAGAUGGCUCACUUUUAAAGUAGUUCUUCUGUGCUUGCCCUUACGCUUUAGCUUUGUUUGCGUCAUGAGCGCAAAAUUAACUUUCAAACGACCAGCACUGACUGAUGGCAAGAGAAACCCUUUGCAAAAAUAGGGCCGAUAUUUGAAUAAUAAAUAGAUCUAGCCAGGGCUAAAUCAAUCAAUAAACUUGUACUCCACAAAUCAGUUUACUUAAGGGCACAUUCAUGUGACUUCUUGAGGAAAGGGCUCAGUGAUUUUAGAGGAAAAUAAUUUGCAAAACAUUCCAAGGGUAAAACAAAUCUUACAUCGAGUUAAUAGCCUUAUAUGUCCAUCCAAAAAUGGCAAUAACCUUUGAUCACGUUUAAGAGCCAUAAUGGCUCUUGAUCACGGUAGAUUAGGCCUGGAAAACAAAUCAGGCCAAUUUUUUGCCUUCGGCAAGUUUACUUUACAAAAUCUUGCCAACAAAUCUGGUGGCGUGUAAACCAGCCUGUUAUACUUUUUAUACGUCACAGCUGAGGUGAAAUACAGUCGACUCCCGAUAACUCGAACCCUCGCUAACUCGAACCUCGCGCUAACUCGAACCAAAAUCGAUUUCCCCUGGAUUUCCGUCAUACUUUCACUGUAAUUUUACCCUCGGUAACUCGAACCCUCGAUAACUCGAACUCCCGCUAACUCGAACCAAUUUUCGUUUCCCCUCAGGUCAUUUUCUAUAUAAUUUUACCCUUGAUAACUCGAACCAUGUUUUGAGCCCUUAAAAAGUCGGGAAAAAAGCCGUCUACUGGCGUCCGAAACAUUGAAUUUUGGAUUUCCUAUUAAGGUGUUGUAGGAGUAUAGUUUACUAAUGGAGGCUGAUGUUGAUUGUCACAGGCUAACGUGAAGCAGCUUUACUUCUCAAACAGUAAAACGCAUGCUCUGUUUAGGCUAUGUUUUGUUACGGUACGUUCUGAUUUAUAAUCUAAAAGUACCUUCUAAUUUUCACUUGACAUUUCUACAAUUAAAUGUGAUUAAAAUGUUCAAUGUGCAGUAAAAACUGUUUUUUUACCUUACCCUCGGCUAUUUUCUGCGAGCUCCCGAUAACUCGAACUCCCGAUAACUCGAACUUUUUUCGAUUUCCCUUGAAGGUUCGAGUUAUCGGGAGUCGACUGUAAUAUCAUGAGGCGCUGUUUUUAUCAUACAGACCUCAGACAGAAUGCAGUAUUUCACAAUUUUGCAAGACAAAUUGAACUCAUUCAAUAUUCAGGACGAUCGAAGCAAGCGUGGGCUUUUAGCGAGACCGUUCAAAAAAUGUCCAAAAUCACCUCUACAGCUAGCCGGUUCUCGGACUGGCCAAAUUUGCAGUGCGAGCCGUUGUGCUUGAAUGAACAUUAAUAGAGUUACGCUCAGAAUUUAUUAUAAAAUUAUAGAAUUUAUUAUGUUUAUUUUUUAUGUAAUGGUUCAUAACGAGGUGUAAUCUUAAAAAGUGUUUGAUACGCGCGGCAUUUUGAGUACUCCUGCAUACGAUGUUCAUGAACGACUGAAAACAAACGGCGCAGUGAUUAAAAUCGCAAAAGAGGCUAAUAAUCAAUAAAAGAAAUAUAAUUUAGUGAAACAUUUUCAGAAACAACAAUUUUCAUUCACGAACACAAGUAUUAAAGUGUCUCUAAAAAUCCUGAGUCUCUCAGCUUAAAGCUUAAGCUUAUGUUUUAAGCCGGCUUCCCGGUGUUUGCGUUUUUCAAAGAUGAACUCGAGGCAAGAAAAUCGCUUCAAGCCUUCUCUUUACGGCAAAAAUUAUAACUAAAUACUCUUCGGAACGUUUUCUUCCUAUUUGCGGUGAGAAGAUGUCUAAAGGCUUUUUAAAUUUCUGUAAGCUUAUAUCAAACGUGAUACUAGGUUAGAUCAUUGUGUCAGAUCUUACAAACGUGCAUAUACUAGCGUAAGCCGCAUAAACUACGCUCGACUUCAUGAAAUUAGAUAAAGAAAAAACAAACAUCAAAUACAAUAAAUACUCAGGCUUGCCAUUCCGAAUGCUGCUCCUCAAAGCUAUCAAGUAAGGCCAGAAUCGCUCGAGACUUUUUAACCCUCUUACGCAUCAAGAACGGUGGAAAACGAAAACGAUAUCAUCCGAAAUCGGAUUUCCGACUUUGACAAGCGACGCAUUUCUCAACCAAAACCCAAUAAACAAGACAGUUAAAAAAAUCACACGUUGACACAAAACUCUGUAAGCUUUAGCUGUCAAAGUAAACAAGUUUCAAGAUGCUGCGUAAAUUUUUCCCAUGAACUCACCUGUCAAAUUUUGACCAAUCAGAGCACAAAAAUUGGACGUAGAGUGUGACCAACGCGUGACCAUGGUGAGAAAGUCGAAAGCAACUGUCUUUCCUGCCUGUAACAGCUCGCUGAAUUUUCGCGACUGAGGUCAGUUUUAAAUCAAAAUUUAAAUAGUGCGGCACAUAAGCACAACAAAUUUCAUAUGAAUUUAAAAAAUUAAACUUGAGCCUACGAUCAUUUGAAAACUAGUAACUUGUCAGCGGAAAACUUUAAAAAGUAAUUAGACCUCGGUGGGUCGACACCUGAGCACGUGAUACGGUCAGGUGAUACUGGUCAGCGGAUACCCUGUUGCUGUCAAUUGAUCACAACAUUGAUGUGCAAUAUGAGUACAAUAUCAGUUUGUUCCUGUGCUCCCAAACUAGCUAGAAAGUGUGAGAUUAAACAUUGGUUUUCCAGUGGUGCGGACGGACGGUCAUUCAGUGUACGGUCACGUGCUUACCAAAUUUUCUCGGCUGGAUAGAUUGUCUUAGCUAUGGGGCUGCGCUCGCGCGCGCGUGGAGCUCCGCUAAAUAACUUACACAUUUUAAGGCUCUCGUUCAUGUUUCUAGACCAAGGAAUUUUCACAUGAGGGUAAGUUUUAGGAAAUAUGAGAAUUAUUAUUUAGUUUUGGCGACUUGUAUACAAAGAGUCCAUAUAGAGAUGACAGAAUGCAUAUGGAUUCGAUUCGCGCGAAUAUUAACGGGAAGCUUCAAAAAAUCACUCGCCCAUUCGCUUCAGCUUUGUAAUAUGAAACUUCUUACUUUGAUUUAAUAUUUCUUUUAACACGCAGGUACGAAAUGUGUGGAGGUUAAGCGUCAACGAUCGCUGGAGUUUGUACCGACGUUGGCUUAAGGAUGUGAGCGAUGGGUACCGCCAAACUAUCUCGCUUUUCCAGGAACAAUUUGAAGCGGGUGCUAAGCGACUGAAGGACAUCAAAAACAUGGAAGACUUUGAGAUACUUAAGAAUGCCGAUGUCGUUGGCAUGACUACCACAGGUAUGUUUGAUUAGUAAUUCUGACAGCAUCCGACUUGCACAAUGACGAGAGGAAAGGACUGAAAAAAAGGGGGUCUAAGUAAAAUAAGGGUACAGCAGUUUCUCAGUCCACCACGCGCGCUACCUCUACCACUGCCGUUUUACAAUAAGUGCCAUAGGAUUUUAGCGUAACCUAGCCAUGGCUUGAUAACCAGACCAUCGAUCGUACUGAUUAUCAGGGAUUCGUUUCGGGCCAUUUUAUCAGCUGAAGACUUUUUCAAACCCUUUCAUGCGUUACUUUUUCAUGAUUUUCAUGUAGGCGCGGCAAAGUUCCGCAAGCUGCUACAGAGACUGAAACCGCGAAUAACGAUUGUAGAGGAAGCCGCUGAGGUUCUCGAGUCGCACAUUGUUACUUCUCUGACUUCCGGAUGCCAGCACUUGAUUUUGAUUGGUGAUCACCAGCAACUCCGCCCUAAUCCCACUGUCUUUGAACUCGCUAAACACUACAGUUUGGACGUAUCCCUCUUUGAAAGAAUGGUGAAAACUGGAAUGCCUUUUGAGCGACUACGUCUACAGCACCGGAUGAGACCGGAAAUAUCCAAGAUGCUCGACCACAUUUACUUCAACCCAAAGUUGGAGAAUCACGAAUCAGUGCUGAAUUUUGAAAACAUCAAGGGCGUGAAUCGUAACAUUUUCUUUGUGGAUCAUGACGAGAGCGAGGUAGGUCUUAGUGUCAUAGAAUGCAAUACUGCCUUUAUGCGUAGCUGUCACUAUUAACAGUAUACUGCUAGCUAUGUGAAAAGGCAGAGUCUAAAGGGCACAAAAAAAGCCACGAGGAGAAUGGUGAGAAGUUGGGUGAAAUUCUAUAAAACUCAAUUUGGUGAAUUCAGGAUUUAUCUCUACCAAUGUCUUACCCACCCAACGUUGCGCUGUCAUUAACAUCUGCAAUGCACAGCUGACUUACUGUAUUCAGGUGUAAGAAGUAUUUCAAUUGUUAGCAGGUAGGGUCACUAGUUACUGCUUAUAUUUCUCAGUAGUAUCCCAGAAAUCGAAUGUAAUGUAGUUUCGAGAUUCAAAUUUCACAUUCGUUACCGUAAUACAGUUUCGUCCCGGAAACCUUUUGUACUGUCACACCUCCACUAUUAUCACGAAAUGUUCGUUUUUGGAAUUACAGGAAUAUCAGGAGGAGGGACGAAGCAGGUCAAAUGAACACGAGGCAAAGUUUGUGGCUGCUCUUUGUCGCUACUUAAUCCUUCAAGGUUAUGAAAGGGAAAAGAUUACAGUCCUAACAGCCUACACAGGACAAUUAAUCCAACUGAAGAAGGAGAUGCCUAAGGAUUUCUUUCGGGGAGUGCGAGUAUGUGCGGUGGACAAUUUCCAAGGAGAAGAAAACGACAUCAUCCUGCUGUCGCUUGUUCGAAGCAAUGAGGACGGAAAAAUCGGUUUUCUUCAGACUGACAAUCGGGUUUGUGUCGCACUGUCUCGGGCCAAGAAAGGUUUCUAUUGCAUUGGCAACAUCAGUCUUCUGAAAGAAAAGAGCGAGCUGUGA